AUGUGGCUUCCCGGUCUUGUCUACGGCUUUGGCCUUCUCUCGACUGUAAGGGGAACAAUCAUUCAAAACGGGCAAGUUCGGGAGACCAACUACCUCGAUACUCGGAUCGACUUGGUCGACGAUUCAUACACGACGUACGCCAACGAUGCGUCUGAGAUCAGCUACCUCGGGCGGUGGGAUUCAAAGAAGGUAUCAUGGUGGGCUGCCCCCGGAAUUCGGUUCGGAUUCACAGGACAAACCGUCGCCGUCACUUUCGGCGAGCAUACCAUCGACGGCACCCUCGUCGGAUAUCGCCUCAGCGGUCUCGACUGGCAAUUCACCAAUGUCACAUCUGGCGGCACCCAUCUUUUCAUCAGUCCCGAGGUCCAGGGGGUUGAGCUGACUGCUCCAGUCAGCCCGUCGACCUUCGAGAUGAGGGUCACUAACUGGGGCUACGGUGUCCAGAUCGAUAGCGUACACGUUUCUGAGGGCGAAGAGCUCGUCAAGUUGCCUCGCCAGCCGCGGUUCAUUGAGUUCAUUGGAGAUAGUCUGUCGGCGGGCAUGUAUAAUUCGUAUGAGGCGCUCUCGGGGUUUGCGUACGGGGUCGGGCAGGGCCUGGGAAACACUGAUUAUUCCAUCACGGCAUAUCCUGGCAUCUGCGUCUCUGAUCAGGAUUGCUGGGGAAACACCAGGGGCCAGAGCCAUCAGUGGUUCUACACCACAGACAAUAGUUGGCGUUCCAAGGAGAUUUGGGGCGAUGAACCCGAGCCCUGGGACUUUGGCAAACAGCAAGACGCCGAUCUCGUCAUCAUCAACCUCGGCACGAACGACGCCAAUGCUGCCAACAACGUCACCAAGGAGACCUAUGUCGAGCAUUACAAGCGUCUGAUCCAGGGUAUCCACGGCGUCUGGCCCGACGCCCAGGUCGUCGUCAUGCAAAUGUGGCAAGGCUUCUACCAGGACGGCAAUUCAUACGCCCAGAAUGCCGAUCUACGAGAGGAAGUUUACUCGGUAUACAAGUACUUCAAUUCAGAGGAGUAUCUUAGCAACGCCGUCAUCUGGGAUGGCAUUAACGAGAAGGCCACCAAGACCGAGACGAGCAUAGAACCCUUCGUCCAUUUCUUCAACACGACCGGCAUCCUCCAGCACAACGAUAUUGCCCCUCAGUGGCAUCCUACUGAUGUUGGCCAGAUCAAGGUCGCUAGUCAUUUGAUUCAGUUCAUCACGCAGAAGUUCGGCUGGUACUUGUACGCAACUGGGCCUGAGGUAUUUGCGGACACUCUUUACUGGAAUGACCAGUCUGGCUACUAG